AUGGGACUACAAUAUCUUCAUGAACCUCUGGAGGGGACUAGUCAGCAAAGAGUGUUACACCGGGAUAUCAAAAGUGCAAAUAUAUUACUGGAUCACAAUUGGAUACCUAAGAUAGCAGAUUUUGGUUUGUCUAAACUGGGUCCUGCUAACCGACAAUUUAGUUUUCUUUUUUCAGCUGCAGUAGGUACACUGGAGUAUUGUGAUCCCGAAUACGAGCGUACAUGCAUGUUGACAAAAGAAAUCGACGUCUAUUCUUUUGGUGUGGUUUUGUUCGAAGUUCUUUGUGGAAGACUAUGUAUACUACAAAAGUAUAACGAUAUUCGUAGAUCUCUGGCGGAAUUAUCAAGGAAACGCUACGAUGAAAAUAAAAUGGAUACAAUUAUUCCUAUUGGUCUACAUAAUAAUGUUUCUCCAGAAAGUUUUGAAAGGUUUAUGGCAAUAGCGUAUCAAUGUUUGCACUUAAACCGUACUGAACGACCAACAAUGGGUAAAGUUGUGGAAGAGCUUAGAUUUGCACUUGAUUAUCAAGUACGUUUUAUCUAA